CUAUGAAAGACCUGUCUAUGUAUGCUAGCUUCAUAACCCAUAACUAACUAACAAAAGUGCUUUUCCCAAUUACUUCUUUACACAAAGUAGUAUAUGGAUCUUCAAAACAGCUACAAUUAUAUAUUCACUUUUUUGUAUAACCUUAUGCCUGAAAGCUCCCAUUCCCAAUCACAUUCUUAAAAAGCCUUCAACUGCAUCUAUUUCCAUCUUCAGAAAGAUUCAUGAAAAGCUGAAAAGUAUUUAGAGAGAGAGAGAGAAAGAGAGAAUGCAAAUCUUAAAGAAGUUGUGUCUCAUGAAUAUUCCUGCAAGCUUUGCUCUUCUUCUUCUUCUACCAUUUGCCACUGCUAACAAGAGCACCCAAAACAACAUUCACAAGGUGAGUUCUGAGAUGACACAUGAUAUAGAACUUCAUGGGCUUCUAUUAUGGGCUUCAAUGGGCUUCUUAAUGCCAGUUGGAAUACUCACAAUUAGAAUGUCCAACAGACAACAAACUGGAAGAAGGCUUGAAGUUCUUUUCUAUUUCCAUGCUAUUUUGCAGAUGCUUUCGGUACUACUUGCCACUGUUGGAGCUGUACUCUCCAUAAAAAACUUCGAGAAUUCAUUCAGCAACAGCCACCAAAGAUUAGGCCUAGCACUCUAUGGAGCCAUUUGGAUACAAGCUUUGAUUGGAUUUUGCAAGCCUCGAAGUGGAAGUAAAAGAAGAACAUGGUACUUUGUGCAUUGGGUACUUGGAACAACAAUAUGUAUAGUGGGAAUUCUCAACAUCUACACAGGCUUGAAAGCAUACCACAAGAGAACAUCAAGAAGUAGUAGUUGUUGGAGCAUCCUUUUCACAGCACAAGUCAUUUUCAUGGCUUUCUUCUACCUCUUUCAAGACAAAUGGGAUUACAUGCAAAAGCAGGGAGUGAUUUUGGGAGGCACUGAGACGAUCACAUUCACACCUACUAAUCAACUCUUAUCUCCACAAAGGGACACCCAAAAGGAGCUUUUCACCGACCCAUUUAGGAAAAGCAAUGCACUUGGAAGUUACUUCUCCAGAAGCAAUGCCCUCAGGAAAUUAUUUCAACUAACAUAAAAAUAAAAAUAAUAAAAUAAAAAUAAUAAAAGUUUUCACAUUUUCUAUGAUUUUUCUUGUGUGUAGAAGAGAGCCUUAAAUUCUAAUUUUUGAUGCUUGUACUUUGUAUCAACCAAAGUGCAUUUCUCAGGAAAGUGUGUAUGCAAUGAAGUACAUGCAUCAAAAAGUGGAGUGGAAUAUAUAAUAGUGUAUGCUUUUUUUAUGGUAUUUAUUUUAUUUUGAAAUAUUUGAUUUUAAAUUCAGAUGUAACAAUGUGUAGUAGAUAUGAAAAUGGGGGCCUUAUUGUAAAACAGACAGUUGAUUAGGAGAUGAUUGUAAUCAUGUUUGGUACUACCGUAUAAAAGAUUGCUAUGAGAGACAAAGUGACUU